AGUGGUUUCGAGCCGGGGUCGUCCUUGCUGUGGAAGUCCGACCACUGUGGGUGAGAGACUAACGAUAUUCUCUGCUCCUGAUUUCUUCCCCGAAAUUCACCAUGAACUCCUCAGUUCUGAGCAGGAUCACUCCAACCGUGACGCGAUCAGCACUCAGCGCGCUCUCCAGCAGGGGAUAUGCCGCAGCGCCAGACCACGACUUGGUGAUCAUCGGCUCCGGACCUGGAGGUUAUGUUGCCGCCGUGAAAGCCGCUCAGCUAGGCUUGAAGACCGCCUGCGUUGAAAAGAGGGAAACUCUCGGUGGAACUUGUCUCAACGUUGGCUGCAUACCUUCUAAGGCUCUCCUGCACAACUCCCAUCUGUACCAUGAGGCGAUACACAGUUUCGCGUCGCGCGGAAUCGAAUGCGACAAUGUUCGUCUCAACCUCGACACUCUCAUGGACCAGAAGACGAAAGCCGUUUCUGCGCUCACCGGAGGAAUCGCUCAUCUGUUCAAACAGAAUAAGGUCUCUCGUUUCGACGGACACGGGAAAAUUACCGGACCGAAUGAAGUAUCGGUGCAUAAAUCCGAUGGGUCGGUUGACACCAUCAAAACGAAGAACAUCUUGAUUGCUACUGGCUCGGAAGUGACUCCUUUCCCCGGAAUCGAGAUCGAUGAGGAUACCAUUGUAUCUUCCACUGGCGCCCUGUCUCUAAAGAAAGUUCCGGAGAAACUUGUGGUCAUUGGAGCAGGCGUCAUUGGUCUUGAGCUCGGUUCGGUCUGGUGCCGUCUCGGUUCCCAUGUGACCGCUGUUGAAUACCUCGGUAGCAUCGGAGGAAUGGGUAUCGAUGGAGAAAUCUCGAAAAACUUCCAGAGAAUCCUGGGGAAACAAGGAAUGAAAUUCAAGCUCGACACAAAAGUCAUGGGAGCGACGAAAUCCGGGGACACCAUCACUGUUCAGCUCCAGUCCGCCAAAGACCCUUCCAAAAACGAGGAAAUCCAAUGUGAUGCUCUUCUCGUCUGCGUGGGUCGGCGACCUUACACCGAGAACCUCGGUUUGGAGGAACUCGGUAUCAAGAAGGACAACCGUGGUAGAAUCGAAGUGAACAAACUCUUCCAGACGAAUGUACCGAACAUUUACGCUAUCGGAGAUUGCAUUCCCGGACCGAUGUUGGCUCAUAAGGCUGAAGACGAAGGCAUCAUUUGCGUCGAACAGAUCGCUAGCGGCAAUAAGCCGCACAUCGAUUACAACUGCGUACCGAGUGUCAUCUAUACCCAUCCCGAAGUCGCAUGGGUCGGGAAGAGCGAGGAAGACGUCAAGAAGGAAGGCACGGCGUACAAAGUCGGAAAGUUCCCUCUGCUCGCGAACUCUAGAGCAAAGACCAAUUCUGAGACAGAUGGCAUCGUCAAAAUCAUCGCCGACAAAGCGACGGACAGGAUCCUCGGAGCUCACAUGAUUGGAUGGGGCGCUGGUGAAAUUAUCAACGAAGCUGUACUAGCCAUGGAAUACGGCGCUUCCUGCGAGGAUGUCGCGCGUGUCUGUCACGCUCACCCAACUGUCUCUGAGGCGUUCCGAGAAGCUAACUUGGCUGCAUACGCCGGAAAAGCCAUCAAUUUCUAGUUCGUUUCCCAAUGUUAGACCGGACGGGGAAGGAUUGAAAAGGGAGCUGACUGAGUUCCGAGAGGAGACGGAGGAGAUGAAUGCUCUUAGUGAGAGUGGUUGCAGCCUCAGCGAGAAGUCCAUGAGAACUUCGGUGGGCGGUGUACCUUUUGCCCGAAAAUAGGAAGCGAUGUUUUAACUACUGUAAAUACGCGAGGAGGGUGAAUGAGGCUGAUCAUGCCGGUGGGCAAAUAAAGUCAGGGGU